GCUUACUGUAGCAGUACCCGGAUAUAGGUGCAGACAGGUUGACAGGUGGUGUACAUGUAUCAACUAUCUUUGACGUGUUUAGUAUAACUGAAGAACGAUGCCUAGACGAUUUGAAGGGAAGAUUGUUUUACUGUCCGCCGCGGCACAAGGAAUAGGACGCGCGACGGCCUUGUCCUUUGCCGAGGAAGGCGCGACUGUUAUAGCCACUGACAUCAAUGGAGAAAAGCUGACCGAACUGUCAGGAACUAAAGGUAUCCAGACACACGUGCUCGACGUCACAGAUUCUGCGGCAGUCGACAGCUUCCUAGAGACACUAGACAGAGUGGACGUGCUUUUUAACUGUGCAGGGUUUGUACAUCAUGGUACCAUCCUGGACGUAGAAGAGAAGGACUGGGAUUUCAGCUUUGACCUGAACGUGAAGAGUAUGUACCGGACCUGUCGACGUGUAAUUCCAAAGAUGCUCAAACAUGGAGGAGGUGUCAUCAUCAAUAUGUCGUCUGUGGCAUCCAGCAUCGUCGGACCCCCUAACCGUUUUGUGUACAGUGCGUCCAAAGCCGCCGUGAUUGGACUGAGUAAAACAAUAGCCAAGGAUUUCAUUCGUGACGGCAUACGUUGUAUCCCCGUCUGUCCUGGGACUGUGGAAACACCCUCCCUUGAAGGCCGGAUACAGGCCCAACCGGACCCGGAACAGGCAAGGAAGGACUUCCUGGCUAGACAGCCCAUGGGAAGAAUGGCCACCGCCCAGGAGGUCGCCAAUCUUGUCAUCUUCUUGGCAUCUAGUGACGCUUCCUAUAUCACGGGCAAGGAGUAUAUCGUUGAUGGAGGCUGGACCUUAUAAAGUGUCGAAGAGCAAAAUAGCAAUUGCAUGCGGUGGCUUAUUGCAACAUGAAAAUGCAGUCAUGAAAAUUGAAUUUUACUAGCAUCGGUAUCAAAUUUUAUUUAUCCAAGAUGUAUGCGUUUUGAUAAUUGGUGAUAAGAAACACCAACAACUUAUUGUUAUAAUAUAUACGGAUACUAUGAUAUGGUACUCCUAUACAGCAUUGUUUAAGAACAGCUUACCACAGAAGCCUGAAAGUUAUAUAAAUGUGUAUAUACUAGGUGUAGAAAAAAAUAACUAUUAUUGAAAAAUAUAUAUUUUAUGAUCGUCGGAAAUCCAUUUAAGGCCAAUGCGUUUCGUACUCAAAACAGCAAAUAUUCCUGUUAAAAUUUAAUUUGGACACUAAUGUAUUCAAAAAUAACGGUCUGUGCUCAACCUUCAUUGUUUUUCAUAUGUGCACAGAGCAUGUGAUGUACAUCUAUAUUUAUAGUAUUAUAUCCUUAGGCUCUUAUGGAUGUGACGUACUAGUCACUGUACCUUUGUAUCUCAAUAUAAGUAAGUAUAGAGAUUGUGUACUUACUGAAAUAAAACUUGUUUCUACGA